AUGAAUAAAAUCGAACUUGAUGAAACAUUGAUAGAAAACGCCCUAUUUUCCGAUGUUAUCAAGGCAAUCUCUGAUAAAUUUAAAACAUUCAAAGGACAAAUUAAAAUAGAUGGAGAGAUAGUCGAGGAAGGGAAUCACAGACAAUACAUGUCACUCCUCGGUUUCAAUGCCAAAACUUUUCACAAUAUCUUUUCAAAUAUGGACAAAAAAUCGGAUGCUUCCGAUUGGUAUUUUACAGGAAAAAUAAUUUUAAUGAAAGACAAUUUCCAAGAAAUAAAAAGGUCGAGAGUUGGUAGAGGAGGAACUGAUCUACUUAAAAAGAUCAAUGAAUACGAAGGCGAAAAUUGCUACAUACCUACAGAUGGUCACUGUUUUAUCAAAUGCAUCAAUCGUGUUUUAAACGAAGACUACACGAGAGAAUUUCAAGAAUACAUCAACGGGUUUUCAAAAGCAAAUAGAAAAGGAGUGAUGACUUGUGCUAGAAUGAAGGAAUUCAACAAGAAAUUCAACACUUCGUUUCAAAUUUAUAAUCCCAAAAACAGACAUUUUCAUCCCAGAGACGUUCACGAUGAAUUAGAUUGGGUUUUUUACUUACACAACUCGCAUUUCUGUUUGAUUAGAAGAAGCCAAAAAAGUUUGGGAAUUCAACAAAUAGAAGACAAUUACGAACAGGUGUGGAAAACGUGUAGAGACGAUAACGCAGUAACACAGGUUUCACCCCUCAAACUAAACGUGCUUUCGAGUAUGAGUGAUGAUGCGUUAUUCGCUUGGGAUCGCGAAACGUAUUCAGAAAAAGACACGCGAAGAGCAAUUCCAUAUUGUUGCACUUUAAUUAAUUUAGAAAAACUAAGGAAAAUGUUAAACAGAAUAAAUAAUCUCUUUCCAGAUUUAAAGCCGUCAGAUCCCAUUCCAGAAGAAUUUUAUGAUAAACUAAUGAAUGUAGUAGAAAUAUUUGUAGGUACAGAUUGCAUUGAUCAAAUGUUGAAAUAUUUAGAUCAAUAUGAUAGAAAGAGAUUAAUAUUAAUUUCUCAUAACGGCAGUGGAUUCGACAACUGGAUCGUGCUUAAAAAUGCAAAAAAACUAACGCAUUGCCCUUUAAAAACACCCAGAGGAAUUCUAUCUUUUCCUUUAUCUAAUCCAUACAAGGAUGAAGAUUUACAGAAAAAAUGGAAAAGACAGAAAGAAAUAAAGGGUAAUUAUUUACAACAUAUUAAUUUCACGUGUUCCUAUCAACACGAAUCCUCUAGUUUGGCUGCAUGGGGAAAUUCUUCCAAUCUCCCCGCGAAUUUGAGAAAGAUUGCCGACGUAGAUAUCGCUAAAUACACGCAAGGCAACUGGGAGGAAUUCGGACACGAAUGGGAACCUUACGCCAAGAGAGAUACUCUCUGUUUGGGUGCUUGUUGA